GCUCACAACAACCGCCGCAGCUCCACCAGCAGCCACAAGUGUCCUGACUGUCCUCGAAGCUGUUGGACGCGUUCCGUCCCGUCUGGACUGAAAGUUGAAGGUUUUUCCAAUUCAUAUCUGCAUGGAUAAAAACCGGACAGUCAAAGAACAACUUCGCCUAAUUUCAAACUCGAACGGCUCGCUGGUUUUCAAGUGGAUAUCACAGGAACGGAACAAAGGACGGCAUCACAGAAUGGAUUCUUUGGACUUUUAAGUUCAGCAGUAGUUCUUCAUAAAGCUCCAGUAGACCUCAGGAAACACUGGGAUGCUUUGAACAGUACUCCACUGCAACAGGGAUGAUUACUUCCCAUACAAAUGGUUAUGUGCAAGAGGCUUCAGCUCCAGGUGUGAGCCACAGGGAGAGGGCUGUGGACUGUCCGGGGCAGGAAGGUAGCCUCAUCAAAUCCCCACACUGCAGCGUCCACAUGGAGAGGAUCCAGCAUUAUCAUGAGGAGCUGAGAAAGCGGAGAGAGGGGGACCACAAAGGGAAACAUGACAUCGAUCCUAACACUUCGCUCAGGCUUAAGAAGCUGUCGCAGAAUCCAAAGAUGGGCAUUGACAAUCCCACCUUCGAGGAGAAGGAAAAGGCCCCCAAAGAAGUGACCAGUCUGGAACCUGUGGUCGCAUUAUCUGGUUCUUCUCUCUGUGCCCGUUUGUCAGAACUGGAGGAACUGCUCCAAGUUCUAAAGUGGGUCCAGCAAUGCUUGAUGGAUUCCCAGAGCCAGCAGGAUGUGGAGACGAUAAUGCAACUCCUUACCAAGGAGGAAUUCAGGAAUGCCUACACAAUCUACAGUGCUCUGUCCCAGCAGAUGAGCAGAGUCAGUCCCACCUCACCUCUUACGGUACAAGCACAGGAUCUCUGCCAGGAGGUUCAGAGGGUCCUCCAGACAAGCCAACAAAAGGAGGGUUUGGAGCUCAGCGCACUGCUCACCAAUCCCCAUCUCCAGGCACUGAUGCAGGCUCACGACAUCGUAGCCGUGCAGGAACUCACAGAGGAAAGUGUGACCCAGUACCUCGGAGAGACAGUUAAAUUAGUGCGGCUACAGAAGGCCAGAGACACUCCUCUGGGUGCAACAGUGCGCAAUGACCUGGACAAUGUCGUGGUGAGUCGUGUAGUGAAAGGCGGAGCUGCAGAACGGAGCGGACUCCUCAGUGAGGGAGAUGAGAUCCUGGAAAUCAACGGGAUUCCUAUUCGUGGGAAACACGUAAACGAAGUCCAUGAUUUACUGCAAGAAAUGCAUGGAACUCUGACCUUCCUCCUCAUCCCGACCUCACACAACAAACCUGCUCCUCACAGACAAACUGUGAUGCAUGUGCGAGCUUACUUUGACUAUGAUCCCUCCGAUGACCUCUUCGUGCCGUGUCGGGAGCUGGGUCUGUCCUUCCAGAAAGGAGAUAUACUCCAUGUUAUUAGCCAGGAUGACCCCAACUGGUGGCAGGCCUACAGGGAUGGAGAUGAGGACAACCAGCCUCUGGCUGGCCUCAUUCCUGGUAAAAGUUUCCAGCAACAGAGAGAGAGCCUAAAGAAAACUAUACCAGAUAGGAGUCAAGAGCAACAAGGGAAGAUUUGGUGUUCAAAGAAAAGUAAGAAACUGAGAAGAAAGAACACAUCAACUUUGAAUAGAAACACUGACCACGAUGACAUCCUGACCUACGAGGAAAUGUCCCUCUACCACCAGCCUGCUAACCGUAAACGGCCCAUAGCUCUGAUUGGUCCGGCGAACAGCGGCUAUGACGACUUGCGGCGGAGGCUUUUGUCCAUAGAGCCGGAGAAGUUUGCCGUUGCUGUUCCACACACAACCAGAAACCCAAGGAUACAUGAGCGAAAUGGACGCGAGUACCAUUUUGUCAGUCGCUCGGCCUUUGAGACAGACUUGGCUGCAGGAAAGUUCAUCGAAUCAGGGGAGUAUGAGAAAAAUCUGUACGGCACCAGCAUGGACUCUGUCCGGCACGUUGUCAACUCUGGACGCAUCUGUUUGCUCUGCCUUCACACAAGGUCCCUGCAAGUACUAAGGUCCUCUAACCUCAAGCCAUUUGUCAUCUUCAUUGCUCCGCCUUCUCAAGAAAGACUGCGCACUCUGCUGGCCACAGAUGGAAAAACAGUAAAGCUGGAGGAGCUGAAGGAGGUCAUUGAAAAUGCCCGCGAGAUGGACGUCAAUUACAGUCACUUCUUUGAUGCAACCAUCGUUAACUUUGAUCCAGACCAGGCGUUCCAGGAGCUGCGAAGAUUAAUAGAUAAACUGGACACCGAGCCGCAGUGGGUACCAACAUCUUGGCUCUGCUAGGGGUUGUUGUGUCCCCGACACAAAGAGUCUCAGGGAAUGAGAGGGUAAAAGAUAAGAAAAGAUGGACAGUAUUACAGUGACACUGGGUUUUCACUUGCACAUUUUCCUUUUUUGGAGCUUAAUUGUUAUAGGAUGCUAAAGAAAUGGACACAAGUGUAUUUGAUGUUUGUCUUCUGUGGAUGAUUUUCUUCCAUUUUUGAUUGCUGGUUGGUCUUAGUUUUAUGCAAAAUGUUUUGUUUUCCAGAUAGCUAUAUUUCUAUCCUAUUUCUUAUAGUUAUUUAUAAUUGUAAAUAUAUAUUUUUUAGACAGAGUUUAAAUGUUUUAUUGUUGCAGCUGGGGGUGCCAGAUCAGAAAUUGCACAAGUUUUUUCUGAUGAAACAAGCCAAAACAUCACCAGGCAAAGAACUAAGUAGAAGCAGGUGUCAUGUCUUCCUGGAAACCCGCUGUAGAUGUCUCAGUAUCAGUAUUGUCUCAUACGCCUUGCAAAAGGAUUGAUACUUCUUGAACUUUUUACCAUUUUUGUCACAUUAAAACCUCAAAUGUCAAUUAAUUUAUUGAUGCUGCUACCAUGUUUUACCAUUGGGAUGGUGUGUUCAGGGCGACGAGUAGUGUUACGUUUUCCACCACACACAGCCUUUUAAAUUUACAAAAACUUUUGGUCUAUCAAUUUUGGUCUGAUCUGACCAGAGCAUCUUCCUUUAGAUGUUCUCUUAUGAUCCAAUAUAAUGAAACACUUUGAGGUUUGUUGUUGUGACAAAAUGUGGAAAGGGUUAAGAGCUAUGUAUGCCUUUGCAUGGUGCUGUAUACUUCAAUAACACCCAACUUCAGACUGGUUAUCAUCUUUGUAAUGCUGUGUAAUAUUGUUAAGGUUGUUUUUACCAGUAUUAUACAUCCCAGUUUUCAUAUUAUUGAAUCAUACAAAAUUAUAAGAAAUUGAGUAUUUCUUAAGCACAAUUUUGCAAAAGUGUUAAUAAAUUAAGAUGUGAAAAGCUGA